AUGGUGGUUAAUAGCUGUACUUUACCAGCGGAUUGGGACGGGGAGUGGCACGACAGUAGUGAUACAACACAAGACAUCACGUUCACACGGUCCAGCAGUUACGUAGUAGGAUGGGGCCUUGCUGUGUACUCCAGCGCUUUUACUUCUUGGACUUGUGUUGAUGAAGACACGUCUAACAACUUUCUGCUUUUCAAGUCAAAUCAAACCGCAGAUGUAUUUGGAGCCCUGCAUGAUAUAUAUCGUUGCAUCAAAUGGAAAAAGUUGUCAGAUUAUUCUUAUUCAUAUUUGAUAUAUGCAGAUAUUGAAGGCAAUGCGCGAAGCAAACGAGUACUUGUGGUGCCAACCAAUACGGUUAUUGACACUAGUUCAGGCUGCAAUCCAAGUAACGGUAUACCCUCCGCAAUUGAAACCGUUGUUUUAAUCAAGAAAGGUUACAUUCAGAGUGCUAAACGUAGUUGCCCAAUUCCUUUCUUAGGAAGCUUCAAUUAUUCUCUUAAUGAUGGAUCUACAACAUUUUGUGGUAGUACAAGCGUUUGGGAUGUCUGUAUAGAUCAAACCGAAAUUGUUGUAAACUAUACCUUGUGUCCAAAACAACAAUUUUACUCAGACGGUGGUGCUGCAUACUGUGCCUAUUCAACAUCUGUAGGAAGUACUUACUACGUCACAGUGGUCAAUGCUGACAGUACUGUGGAUUUUACUACCACAUUCCGAUUCACUUGUUAUGCUGUGAAUAGUUCCGGUGGAUAUGUUUAUGCUAGUGACAAUAAAGGAGCGUGUGUACAGAAUCAGGACCCACUGACCAAAACGGCCACAGGAACUGGAACAUUGACCUUAUCUGCUUAUAAAUCAUGUUCACCCUCUUCAGACUCUGCCAAAAAGAGUUCCGACGACAUGAUCGGUAUAAUUGCUGGCUCUGUAGCCGGAGUAGUUAUCCUUGUAGCAGCAGUAGUGGCAGUAAUUUUGAUUUAUAAAAAAUGUAAAGCACGAGUACGACCAAUCGGACACAGAAAUGAAUAAAUUGGCCUAGUGAUAAAAGAUUUAUAUAUCAUGAAAUAUAUAAUAGAUAUCAUUUCAAACAA